AUGCAGGUUGGGGAUCGUACCUCGCCACCGCUCUCUGAGAGGUGUGUGGGUGAAUGUGAAUGUGUGAAUGUGGGCAGCGGCUUCAGCGGCUCCUCUGAGCGUGCGCUACAGGACCAUCCUAUUACCGGCCCGAGUGACAGCCCAGAAACACGCGCACCUCUGAAGAACACCUCCUCCAGGGAGAUGAGGAACCAGUCAGAGGCGGACGGGCUCCCGGACUCAGAGGACGCUUCAGGGGACGUCCAGAGGGGCAAAGCCGCUCCUGAUCUGCACGGACUCUCUGACACUCGUCAUAAUUUCGAUGGAUCUGCAGCAGGAAGGUGUACCUCCUCUCAGCCCGCUCCACCGCAGUCAGUCUCCGCCGCUCCGAGCACCAUGUUCCCCUACCCCGGCCAACACGGUGCCGCUCACCCCGCGUUCUCCAUCGGAAGCCCCGGCCGCUACAUGGCGCACCACCCGGUCAUCUCCAACGGAGCUUACAGCGGCCUGCUGAGCCCCGCGGCACCGCAGGGCUACCCGGCCGCCGGCUACCCGUACGGCCAGCAGUACGGACACACGUACCAGGGAUCCGCCUUCUACCAGUUCUCCCCGCAGGCCGGCCUGGUGCCGGGCAAGGCGCAGGUGUACCUCUGCAACCGGGCGCUGUGGCUCAAGUUCCACCGGCACCAGACCGAGAUGAUCAUCACCAAGCAAGGACGCCGGAUGUUCCCGUUCCUUAGCUUCAACGUGUCGGGCCUCGACCCCGCGGCGCACUACAACGUCUUCGUGGACGUCGUCCUCGCGGACCCCAACCACUGGCGCUUCCAGGGCGGGAAGUGGGUCCCGUGCGGCAAGGCGGACACAAACGUGACGGGGAACCGUGUGUACAUGCACCCCGACUCCCCGAACACCGGUGCGCACUGGAUGCGCCAGGAGAUCUCCUUCGGAAAACUGAAGCUGACGAACAAUAAGGGAGCGUCCAACAACACCGGCCAGAUGGUGGUGCUUCAGUCGCUCCAUAAGUACCAGCCCAGGCUCCACGUGGUGGAGGUGAACGAGGACGGGACCGAGGACUCGAGCCAGCCGGGCCGCGUGCAGACCUUCACCUUCACCGAGACGCAGUUCAUCGCCGUCACCGCCUACCAGAACACCGAUAUCACGCAGCUGAAGAUCGACCACAACCCCUUCGCUAAGGGCUUCCGGGACAACUACGACACCGUCUACACGGGCUGCGACAUCGACCGUCUCACGCCCUCCCCGGGCGACUCUCCGCGUGCACAGAUCGUCCCGGGGGCGCGCUACGCCAUGGCCAGCUCCUUCCUGCAGGACCAGUUCGUCAGCACUUACGCCAAGUCCCGCUUCCACCCCGGCGGGGGGGGCGGCCCCGGCAGUGACCGCAGCGUCCCGCUCGGCGGCGGCCUGCUGUCCCCGCAGAGCGAGGAGCCCCCCGCCGCCGCCCCGCAGCGCUGGUUCGUCGCUCCCGCCAACAACCGCCUGGACUUUGCCGCCUCGGCGUACGACGCGGCGGACUUCGCGGGCAACGCGGCCACGCUGCUAUCGUACGCGGCGGCCGGAGUGAAGGCCCUCCCUCUCUCCCCCGCCGGCUGCUCCGGCAGAGCCCCCCUGCCGCUCGGGUACUACCCGGACCCCCCGGGCUGGGGCGCGCGCAGCCCGCCGCAGUACUGCAGCGGCAACAAGUCGGGCAGCGCGGUGCUGUCUUGCUGGAGGGCGGGGUCGCACUACCUGGCGGAGGAAGACCAGGCGGGCCCCGAGAGGUCCCCGGCGGGAGAGGACCUCAAGCCCAAAGACCUGUCGGAACCCACAUGGAUAGAGACUCCGUCUUCCAUCAAGUCCAUCGACUCGGGCGACUCGGGGAUUUUUGAACAGGCGAAGAGGAGACGGAUCUCUCCGUCGGAUCCCCCGGGUCUGGACCUCGUGGGCCCCGGGCCCCCGGGCCCCGACCCCCCGGGGCCCGACCUCGCGGCCCCGCUGAAGGCCGAGAUGCUGCCGCCGCGAGAAUGUGAAAAGAACUGUACGAAGGACAUUGGCUACUACAGUUUUUAUCCACAUAACUAAAAUAA